AUGAGGACACUUGUCUGGAAUGCUCGGAGCAGUCAGUCUACAGAGGCAGAAAGUAUAUUUGCAGUGGCCUGGAGGGCUCCUGAGGACGCCGGAGAGCUGAGCCUGGGCCGCCAGGGGGCGGGAGGCAGCUGCCGGCCGAGCGUCUCGGUGUCGCGGUGCCCUCCCCGGGGCCACCAGCCACUCACGGAUUUUCACUCGCCGGUGGUCCAGGCGCGCGGCGGCGGCGUGCAGGGCGUCGAGGCGGCGGUGCAGCUCGGCGGUGCGGUGACCCAGCGCGGCUGCCUGGCCCUCGAGCUCCCCGAAGAUGUCGCCGGCGCAGCGCGACAGGUCGGCCAGCUGGGCAAGCAGGCAGACCAGAGUGUGCGAGCUGACCUGCUCCAGCGAGCGGAAGAGCGGCGUGCCCGCAGCCCGAGCCACCGCCGCCUCCUCGGGCCGGCGCAGCCGCGCGGGCUCCACGCUCCGUUGGUGGAAGGGCAUGGCUGGGCACGCGGGGCGCCGGGGGACCGGCAAUCACGGCGUUCACGCCGGGCCCCGAGGGCGAUGGGCUCGGGUCUGCAUCCAACACAAAGGAGAGUCCCGGGGCAGCAGGCGCGGGGACGAGGCCGGCAGGGGAGGAGGCUCGGGGACAGCUCGGAGACCCCAGGCGGGUGCCGCGCGGCGACGUGCCUCCUCCGGGGCUCCCGGGCAGCGCGGCGGAGGAAGUUCCCGGAGCAGUUCCCGGGCGGCCGCGGUGGGUCCCGCUGGAAGUUUGCAGGCAGGAAAGCGCCGCCGCUCCUUCCCUCCCUCCGGAUUGGAGAGGGAGGAGGAAGCGGGGGAAGUGCCGCCGACACGGGCGCGAGGGAGGGCGGCGGGAGAAAGGGAAGGGGGAGGAGAAAGGCCGGCCGGGAACCACCUGCGGCUCCCGCGCCCGCCGCGCCCCGCGCCCAGGCCGGUGGCCACCCGGCGCCCCAGCGCACUCUGCUGGGACGAUCGCGCAGUCCCCGAGCUCCCAGGACGCCGUCCACGCCCCCAGCCGAGCCCCCGGGCGCCGGGGCCCAGUCCCCGCCCGCACCCCAGGCCCGAGUGGGGCGCAACAGGGCGCCACGGAGGCGGAGGCGCCGGGACAGCGAGGCCAGUCCGGAUCUGGCUCCUCACCUGCGCUGCCGCGGUGGCGGCUGUGUCCCUGUCCCUGCUUCCUGGGGAACGCCGCCGGGAGGCCUGUCUGGGUCCCCCUGGUCUCUCCCCUGCAAGGCUGCCAAGACUUCUGGGACACUUUGGUGAACCUCAAGGAAGACCUCAAUAAGUCACCCAGUGGCCAGGAGUUCUGCAGCCAGCUAGGAAUCUGAGUCGGGUUGGGGGUGUGGGGGCGGGACGGGACUCUGAAAACCUCUUCAGAAUGCUUCAAGAGUUUUUCUAGGUGUCUCCCCUAGUGACUUCCUGUCCUUCAGAUGGGCAGACGUAGUUGCCUGUUUCAUCCAUCCCUCAAGCGUUUGAGUUAGGUUACUAGACCCUAGAACCGGGAAUCCGGGGCCUGGUAGAUCAUAGUCAUGAGACACCCAGCUAACUCAAACCUUCUGCUAAGAAGAAUUUGAGGAGGCUGGGUCCAAUAUCCCUAAGCUAAAGAUCCCCCUGGCCUCAUUGCUGUUUGCUCAGAAAAAGAAUCUUGUCCUUCGGUCUCUGUCGCUGAGUUGACCCACAUUGCAGCACUGCUCCUUGAGCUUGGGAUCAAUCCCCCAAGUGGUGCUGGUCUGCCCCUCUGCAGGACAGGAGCAAAGCAAGCAGGCAGCCUGAAGAGAAUCUCUUGAAGAAAAUUGACAGACAAUGUCAGCACUCAGGAGGCAGAGACAGGUGGAUCCCUGAGCCAGCCUGGUCUACAGAUCGAGUUACAGGACAGCAAGGGGCUGCUUCCUCAAGAAAUGUCCUGAUGUGAAAGGGUGAUGUUCCUUCCCACCAGCACCUCGCUGACAUCAUGAGACCAUGAGUAACACUUUAACCGGCGAUGUAAACCAGUUCUACUGGUGGCACACACUGCAA